AAACAACGAUAAGUCUUGGGAGGAAACCAACUAGAAAAAGAAAACAAAGACGCGUUCGUCAGUAGAAGUGUUUGAUUUGAUGUGAAUCCCAGAAUUGGAUGUGCGACCGUACGAGGAGAAGGAGGAGUGAGGGAAUAAAUAGCACUCUGAUAAGCAGCAGCACAAGGGCCAGACAAUCACUCAUAGAGGAGGAGCAGACGAGGGCGGGCCCACACUUGACGGCACAAGUAGUUGCAACCUGGCGCUUUGGCAACUUGGGCUGACGCCAGCCUCGCAAUAUCGACACAUCACUGACAUUAUGGUCCUCCGCCCCACCCCCGUGCGCAGCACCCAACAGGCAAGUUGAAGACGUGACUGAAACGAUAUCUCGAACCGAUUGCGUAUUGUGUAUCCUUAUUACACGCUUUUGUUAUUUGAAAAUUUUAAAACAGUAUAUAAUUAAUUUGAGAUAGCUUGCAACAUCAAUCAAAUCCUCAAAUUAGUUACAAAGAUUUUGACUGUGUUUUUGUGUUUGUGCAAGAGGGUUUUGGGGGCCAAGAUUGUGUCGGAAAGACAUGAUUUGUGUUGGGAAUCGUGGAGGUUUAAUUCAAUUUCUAUAUUUGAGUUUCCAGAGGCUGCUGCUCUCUCAGUUUGGUAAUUUGCUGUUAAGUGGAAGGGCAAACGACUAAUGAAGAGCCUACUGGCUCUGGUUUUGGUUCUGGCAUUUACUAGUGCUGAGUACGAUGGAGAAGGAAAGGACAGAGAAUGCGAAAGGAAGAAGCUUUUCGAUCCCAGACCUCACAGUGUGUCACUCUUGGAGUUUGGCGCAGUUGGAGAUGGGAAAACAUUGAACACAGUCGCCUUCCAAAACGCUAUCUUCUAUGUCAAGUCAUUUGCUGACAAGGGUGGUGCUCAGCUCUAUGUUCCACCCGGCAGGUGGCUCACCGGGAGUUUUAACCUCACCAGCCACCUCACGCUCUUUUUGGAAGCCGGUGCCAUCAUUCUUGGAUCCCAGGAUUAUGCUCACUGGGAAAUUGUGGAACCCCUGCCUUCUUAUGGUCGAGGGAUCGACUUUCCGGGUUGGAGAUAUCGUAGCCUGAUCAACGGAGACAAUCUAACCGAUGUGAUGAUAACAGGUGAUAAUGGAACCAUUGAUGGGCAGGGUUUCGUCUGGUGGGAGCAAUUCAGCUAUCAUGCAUUGAAUUACAGCCGACCACAUCUAGUCGAAUUCACCAGAUGCGAAAAUGUCACUGUAUCGAAUUUAACCCUCUUGAACUCCCCUGCUUGGCACAUUCAUCCGACAUACUGCAGGAAUGUGCAAGUUCUGAACAUAACUCUCCAUGCUUCUCCUGCGUCUCCAUAUACUAACGGUAUAGUCCCAGAUUCUUCCGAACAUGUUUGCAUUGAGAACUGUAACAUUAGUAUGGGGCAUGACGCAAUUGUUCUCAAGAGCGGUUGGGAUGAGUAUGGAAUUGCCUUUGGAAAACCAACCAAAAAUGUGUACAUCCGUGGCGUUAACCUUCAGUCUUCUUUAGGCUCCGGCCUGGCAUUUGGCAGCGAGAUGUCUGGAGGCAUAUCGAAUGUUCGUGUAGAGCAGCUUCGUCUACAUGACUCAUUCAUCGGCAUUGCACUAAAGACAGCUAUGGGAAGAGGAGGUUAUAUGAAAGACAUAGUUAUAUCCAAUGUCAAAAUGGAGAAUAUUCGCUUGGCAAUUGAGGCUACUGGUCAGAUCGGUUUGCAUCCUGAUGAAAAAUAUGAUCCCGAUGAACUACCAGUUGUUAAAGGAAUCACUUUCGAGAAUAUGGUUGGCACUAAUGUUACAUUAGCUGGAAACUUUUCUGGACUCGAAAAUUCACCUUUCACGUCCAUCUGUCUCUCAAAUAUCUCAUUCACCCUCACUUGGAAUUCUUCUACCUCGUGGUUCUGUUCCAAUGUGAUCGGUUUUUCACAGGAAGUUUCUCCCAAACCGUGUUCAAACCUCCGGGACUCGGCUUUUAACUCUUCCUCAGCUUGCUUCUUUCCGUUAUAUAAUUAUGCUUCAGUUUUGUGAGAUCAACGUCGAAAAGACAAAAUCACCGGUUCCUUGCAGUCUGUACAUUAGACACCGUUUAUACAGGAGAAUUUUCCAAUAAAGCUCCAACUUCGAAUCUUCCAUCUCUAUACAAACAGGCAUUCUCUGCCUUGCUACGAGAUCUUCCCAAUCAUUGUGGCAUCCUGAUAGGCUCACGUAGAGCCUCAUUUCUUCGUGUACAAGGAAAUUUUGGUAGUGCAGUACAACUCAGAUAGUCAAUUGCUUCCAUUGUGUUUUUAGUUUUUCUUUGAAUUUCUUUAUCUACAAUGUAAAUUUCGCGUAAUGUGGACUGUUACCAGUUUAAUCACUCAUCAUGGUCUGGCACUGAGUGGGUUAAGUGACUGAUGUGAUUGAAAUUAUGAGUAAUUCGAGUUUAAUGUACUGAUUAAGUCAAGUUUGGUAAUGAAUGGACUUGUGCACGCUGCGGUUUAGUUGGUUC